AUGGAAACUCAACAGCAUUCUUUAAGGGCUCCAUUAUGUUUUUGUAAGAAAUUAGCCUCUGCUGCGUUCUCUGACGAGUUCGGUUUAUUUUAUGAAUGCCAUUUCCUUCACCCGAAUCCAUGGCAGGAAGCUGCCGAUAGUGCGAAAUCUGCCAAAACCGAAAAAGAUAGUGAAGACGAGCCUUCAACGAGCCGUGCGAUUUCGCGAUGCAACGAUGGCAAAUCGAUUUGCGGAUUUCAUAUCCACAAAGAUGUUUGGGAUUGUAUAUGGAAUGAUAAAAACUAUGAUCCUGAAGAAUUGAACGUUUGCCCAUACUUUAAUUUUACCUAUUGUGCAAUGUUCAAUAAACGUAACGAUUUUGAGAUUUCCUACCCACAACGACCGAUAUGUUUUUGCGGCAUCCCAGUGGUAGCGCGGUUUAUACAUAAUAAUUUAAUAUUCGAGUGUAAAAACUAUGUUAUGGACGGACAUCAGCCAAAAUGUACUUGGCAUCUACCUGCGAUUGAAGUACCAUUCGAGAAAUCUAGAAGGUAUACUCAUCCGGUAAAAGAACAAUUCACUGAGGGAUUAUUAGAACGAAAACCAGACGAAUCCAGGGAAAUCACGGUCAAACAUAAGAUAGGUUCCGAUAUUGAAUCAACGAAGUCAUCCCAGGAUAAUAAUUCCGAUCAGAAAGACGAGUCUCGAAACAUUAUAUCAAAUCGACCUAGACUUCAGGAAGGAUCAAUGAUCAAUGAUCGUCUUAGACGGUCUUCACGAUACAGUGAAAAGUUUGAUGAGUCACACGGUUGGCAUCAUCCGUUAAAGCAACAGCGAGGGAACUACUCAAACGUGAAUGUUAAACCCUAUAGUCAACCACGCGGGCACUGGCGUAAUUCACCAAAAAUACAAGAUUUUGAUUCUGAUCGAAACCGUCGAGGGAAUCAACAAUAUAAUGACGCAUCUAAAACCGAUAAUAGGUAUCAAACUCUCAGGCCACAUAUCCCUAGUGAAUUUAAAGAAAAUCCCAGCUAUACAAGAAAAUAUACCGCCUCUCGAAACAGAACAUUGGAAUCGAAGGCAUCUGGAUAUGAAGCUAGGAAACGUACAGAUGAGAGUUGGCAUUCUGCUGUACCUAAUGCUGCUAGGCUAAAUUAUAACAGUAAUAGAUCAGAUACUCUAUCAGAAAGUGCACCUCAGUUGAAUUCUAAUAAUGAAACAGAAAGUGAAAUAUAUAAAAAGGAUGUAGAAGAUGUCGAAAUUACAGAUUUUGAUGGCUCCUGUGCUUUGGAGGAUGACGCUAUUCCUAGAAAUUCGAAUUCUGGCAACAAUGCCGUUAAUAACCCCAUAGAAAAUUCUAUUAGUGAGAAUGAUACAAUCGUUGGACCUAGUCCCUCGACUAUACCAACGGGUGUUAAGCAAAUCAAUUCGUCUACUUUUCAUUCCUCCGUUGAAAAUAAUAAUUUGACUGAUGUAAACUUCUUUCGAGGUGAUUUCAAACCGGAUCUUGGAAUUAAUUCCACAGAAACCGAAGAUACUCGAUCGAAUAUGCCUUGUUUAAAAGAUGAAACCUUUGAAACUAUGUCCAUGAGCUCUCGCGUUACAAAUGAGAAUGGAGUGGUUAACUUAAAGACCGAUGACACACAGUUUAUUAAUGAAGCUUUUGAGGAUGAAAGUAUUCAUGGAGAUUGUCACAGUGAAAUUCAUGGCACCUCCGAUCCCAAGGACUUUGGCAAAAAAGGUUUUCCAAUUAACGAUAUUAAAGAAUCUAAUGGAGCAAAUAGUUUGGUGUAUAGGGCUGAACAUUUGCAUAAUGAAAAUUUAGAUAAUUCCGAUAAGAUCACGGCGGAUAUUAAUGACAACCAAUUAAGCGAUUUAUUUAAAUUAUUUUCUGUUCAAAAUGAUGAUGCAGAUGGUUCAAGUUCUCCGCCUCACCUCAGGUUAGACGAGUCAAUGACCGAUGAUAAUGUGACUAAUGCAUCUGGUAGUGGGUCCCAGGAGGACGACAAAGUUCAAGCAUUUGAAACAACUAUUGACGGUGGUACUAUCGCGGAUGAUUCGAAUGAUCCUAUGAGAGCUACAAGUGAGAAUAAUGAAUUAAAUUUUGUUGAACGUGAUAAUGGGAACAACUCUGAUAUUUUAGACGAAGUCUCUUCGAAUCGAUCUCAUCACUCGAAAUCAGAUUUGACCCUGGGCUCAGUGGAUGAGUACAGCAAUGCGAAUAACGAAAUCAAUAAGCACCCGGAUGAUGAUGAUACGGUCGAAGGUCAGGUGAAGGUAGAUGGAGUGUCUUCGGUUAUUCAUGAUAACACAUUUCUUAACUUCGGGAUUGAGCGUCCUAUUGCAAACAAAGUGUUGGGUAAUAAGUCCCGAGAAAAUGAUACUGAUUUAAGUUCAGAGUCAGUUGCUCUUGAAAUUAUCAACGUUUCGAAUGAGAAUAAUGAUACUACUGUUUUGUCAAAUAAUGAGAAUUGUCCUGGACACGUUGCACAAAAUAAUAAGGAACCACUGGAUACCACCGAGAUACUUAUUGUUAAACAAGAUGAGGAUGGUGCGAGUUCUCAAGGUGAUUCGUCUUUAUAUAACCCUGGUAUGGAGGAUGGAACAAAAAUUCUGGGCAUUCCCAAACUUUUUAAUGAAUUUUCCAAUCGUUCAGAGUCUCAUCCGAGUGGCGAAUUUAACCAGUCGUAUAAUGCGUGUAACAUUGACGAUUCCACUCAAUCGCAACACAAUGUGAAUAAUGAUAACGGAGAAAAGUCGAAUGUUCACCAAUUCCAAAAUGUCUUCAAAAUGCCACUUACGCAAAAUUUCUGUAUUUCGAUUACAAGUGGCGUCUCUCAAAAUACCCAGACUUAUCUAACCAUUCAUGAACAUUGUAGAGGCAAUGAAUUUGCACAUAUGUUACAAGAGGUUGAGAAACUCCGAGAGAAAGUUGCACUUUCAGAAGCACAUAACAAGAGACUCAAAGAGGAGAACGAAGAGUUUCAAUUGAACUGUAAGAAACUUGCUGACGAGAAAUUUCAUGCGCUAUCUAACGAAUAUGAGAAGGUCCGCCUACGUUGUGAGAAGUUGACUAGUGAAAAGGAUGAGAUUCUUUCUCAGUUUAAUAUGUUAGCAGAUGCCAACGAAGAAUGUAAUAAAAAGAAUAAAAGACUUUCCGAUGAAAAUUCAGAGUUACUUGCAAAGAAUAGUAGAUUGACUCACGAGGUUGAGAGACUAUCGGAAAAAGUCGAUAGCAUUCACACGUUUAAUGAUACCGUUUCUGCAAAAAAUGGUGAACAUUCAUCAAGCAAAGAUAUGAAAAAUACAUUAAGAAAUAAAUCUGAUAAUGGUGAAUUUGAAUUGGAAAAUUCAAAAGGCGAUUAUGAAUUUUUAUUAACAAAAUAUGAAAAAGCGGUCGAAACCAUAGAUGAUUUACGCCAUCGAAACCAGGAGAACAAGCAUCAAUACGAAGAGACCAGGCGCCAAUACGAAGAGAUCAAGCGCCAAUACGAAGAGAUCAAGCAUCAUUACGGAGAGAUCAAGCACGAAUACGAACACACCUCUUAUCUUAAUGUAACGUUGGUUAAGAGAAUUGAAAAGUGUUCUGAAUUAUCUAGUGAAAACGAAAGAUGUCGUAAAAAAUUGGCGGAAAUGCGAUCCGCUCACGAGAGUCUUGAGGUUGAACUUGCCAAAAAAAAUCGAGAACUUAACGAAUGCAUCGAGAAAAAUCGCAAUAGUCAAACAAUACUCAAGAAUAACAACGAUGUUUUACGCAACGAACUUGACAUGUUACGUUCGCAAAUGAAAUCAGAGCACCAUGAGAAUUUAACCAAGGAAAAUAACAUUCUUCGCGAUGAAAAUCGAAAAUUAAAAGCCGAUCUCAAGGAUGAAAUAAAUCGUCUGCUCGGCAGCAUUGCAUCUUGUGAAUCUGAAAAAGAAAAAGAAACAAGUAUGAGGCGAUCUUGCCAAAAGAAGGUUAUGGAACUCCAAACAGUGGAGGCAAAUCUUCAAGACGAAAUUGAUAACCUGAAACAGGCAAUGAAACAGAGAUAUGAGGAGAAUUCAGCGACCUUUAAUAGAUGCAAAGUGUGCUUCACUGGAUCUAUCACGCACGCCAUAGUUCCAUGUCAUCAUGCAGCGCUUUGUGAGAAAUGUGCCUCUGAUGUUGAUAGAUGUGUAGUUUGUCGUGGAGAAAAAAAAUCUACAAUUCGUGUCUAUAUUCAAUAG